AUGGAAUCCAUCAUUCAAAUUGGUUUAUUUGUUGUCCUUCUCUUGGUUUAUUCCAAUGGAGACAAGAUCCAUCCAUCCUUAUCAGUCAAGUACAAAAACUGUGCAACCAUACUAAAGAAAAAUCCGGGUCGGAAAGGACAGGAUGGUGUAUACACAAUUUAUCCGGAUGGAAAACAAGAGAAGAAAGUUUACUGUGACAUGACUACAGAGGGAGGGGGUUGGACGGUGAUUCAGAAAAGAUUGGACGGAAGUACAAUUUUUUAUCGGACCUGGAAUGAAUAUAAAGCUGGUUUCGGGGAUCCUAGUAAAAACUAUUGGAUAGGAAACGAUAACAUGCACCUGCUUACAAAAGAGGGAGAUCAGGAACUUCGGGCUGAUUUUGAGAAAUUCAACGGUCAGAAAUUUUACUCAAAUUAUUCAACAUUUGCAGUAGGUGACGAACAAAACAAGUAUGAACUGAGAGUGUCAGGCUACAGUGGUACAGCAGGCGACAGCCUUUCUUACCAUAAUAAAAUGAAGUUUACAACAAAAGAUCAGGAUAACGAUAUCAGGAGGAGAUCGAAUUGUGCAAUAGAUUACAAAGGAGCAUGGUGGUACAGAGAUGGUUAUUACUCCAAUCUGAAUGGGAUGUAUGCUAGUUCUGCCGUGAAAGACGUCAAAUAUACAAACUGGUUCACGUUGAAAAGUAAUCACGAAGCACUGAAAGUUUCAAUAUUGAUGAUAAGACCUUCGAAAUAA